AUAGUCUAUUUCAGCAAAAAUGUCUUGGGAUGGCAUUUUGAUAACCCAUGCAUGAUAAAAUGAAUGCAGUGCAUAACACAUGGAUGAACAAUAUUGGUUUUACAGUGGCAAUAACUCUGCUGCGCAUAUAAACAAGGGAUAUCCUCAGGUACAAACUUUGCCCCCUGGUGUGGUACCUUAUCGGUGAGCCCUGAGUUAUAGUCAGCAUAGAACUAAUGGCUUAUCUAUUAAACUCAGGCCAACGCACUAAGCAAACAUUGCGUCAAAGGAAUACUGUAAGGUGAAGAUGUGACAAUCCCACUUGAGAUGACAGUCUUUAUUCCACCACGACGCCAUGGGCAUUCGAGCAUCUAAGCAACCAGAAGCCCAAGUUCUUCUCCUGGGCCUAGACAACGCUGGAAAGUCGACCCUCCUCUACAAACUAAAGCACAACGCGUGUGUUAGCACCGUCCCUACCAUCGGCUUCAACGUGGAAAUGCUCGAGGCGAGGAAGAACAGGAAGAAUGUCACCUUAACCAUGUGGGACGUCGGCGGUCAGGGGAAGAUGCGGGAGCACUGGAAGAGUUUCCACCCGGACACAGCAGCAGUCGUGUUCGUCGUGGACAGCUCCGACGGGAAGCGUCUGGAUGAGGCGCGGAGGGAGCUGGAAAAUACGCUGAGGAGCGAUCAGCUGUCUGGACGCCCGCUGAUUCUUCUCGCCAACAAGCAGGACGUAAACGGAGCUCUGACUGCCACCGAAAUUAAGGACAAGUUUAACCUGAGAAAGGUCUGUUCUGGUCGGGACUGGUUCGUCCAGCCUUGUUCCGCAUCGACUGGAUUUGGAGUUGAAGAGGCUUUCAGACGAGUGGUCCACAUGGUCAAACUCCCAUCAGAGUCUGGGGCGAUGAAAGACAAUAUCAAGGAGACAGUGCACUACCUAAGAGGGAAUAGCAGAUAUUAAGUUUUAUUUAGAUUAAUUUUGUUAUUUUCAGACUAUUGACAAUAUCACAAAUGACCUUUGAAAUAAGUUGCUCUACAUCUAAAUCCAUUUAUACCAACAAUGAAUCAUGUUUAAAGAGAUUCGACCCUUUGGUUAAGCCCAGUUGGACUUGCAGAUUUUUGCAAUCUCCUAGACAGCGUUAAAAUAUCAGGCUAGAUCUUAUAAUACCAUUAGCCUGUGUAUACUACAGGAAACACAAGAUACCAUGAUGUGUAUUUUACGGUGCAUUAAAACCACUGCUGAGUACCACAGACACACAAGUAACUGAUGUCAGAUGUUUUCAUUGGUGUAUGCAUAUCUUCUUUCAAUUAUUAAACAGAAUUCGAUUACC